CCAAUCCGGCUGCACAGGAAGUACAGAAGCACCAGAGAAAUGCCUGCUAGUUAGCUGCUGGUUAGCACGUUGGCCGAUGUUGCUCACCGUAUAGCUAACAAAUGUUCAUUGAAUGCAGCAUUGUUAUAAGUUAAUGAUUUUCCGGGGGCAGAGUUUCUCAAUAUCGGGGCAAUGUCGGACAGAAAGCGAAGAAGAGAGAAAGACGACCGACGAGACCACAAGAGACACAAGUCAUCCAAACAGGAUUUGGAGAAACUCAAAAAACACACGAAAAAACUCAACCAAGAAGUCCAACAACUGAAACACGUUGAGACGUUCUAUGAGAAACCUCCACCAGGACUCAUAAAGGAGCACGAGGACAAGCCAGAGGACUGUAUUCCUGCUGAACCAGGAAAUGAAGCAGCCAGGAGCUUCCUGGCCCACGCCCCCACCAGGGGGCUGUGGAUGCCUCUGGGGAAGGAAGUGAAGGUGAUGCAAUGUUGGAGAUGCAAGCGCUACGGACACAGGACGGGAGAUAAGGAGUGUCCGUUCUUCACCAAAGGCAACCAGAAGCUAGAGCAGUUCAGAGUGGCUCAUGAAGAUCCAAUGUACGACAUCAUUCGGGAAAACAAAAGGAACGAAAAAGAAACCAGGAUCCAGCAGCUGCAGCAGAUGCUUCAGGACACCACUUCCUCCAAUUCAGACAGCUCCUCUUCUUCCUCUUCUUCCUCUUCCUCCUCCUCGUCCUCUUCCUCGUCUGACCACCAUCGCAGCAAGAAAAGAAAAAAAAGGAAGGACAAAAAGAAGAAAGACAAGAAGAAGAGAAAAAGGAAACAAAAGCACAAGUCCUCCAAAACCAGUGACUGCUCAGAUUCCGAUUGAGUGUUUGGAACAUGCUGAUGUGUGUACUUGCUGCAUGCUUUCAACACAGAGACUAGAUGAAGAAGCAGCCGUGGUAGAUCUCACGCAGAAGUGAAGUGUGCUCUUCAGAGUGCCUCAGAAAGAACUGCUCUAAAGACUUUUUUUUUUAUAUAUAUAUAUAUAUAUAUAUA